AUGGCCCAAGCUUUGCUCCCUCCGAUGUUUUUCCCCGUUCCUUGCAGGGGACAUCCCAAUUUGAUGUUCGAUUUGGUCGGACCAGGCGACGUGAACGAAGUGUGCGAAUUCGUCAUGAACGAAUUUUUCCAUCGCUUCCCGCUGAAAGACGUUUUGCAUGUCGAAACGGAAGUUCGUCCGUGGAUUGGUCAGUACAUCGCCCAUGUUAGUUCGAAGAAUAUGUCGAUCGUUCUCCGUGAUGUCCUCCGCGGGUAUCGCAUCAUUGCGGCCGCGAUCAACGACGUGGAUUACAAGGAACGCCAGGAAAAGGAUAUCAAUCUAAUUACAUUCGCUGAUCCGAAUUUACGCCCGGGAUGGUACACAAUCUGCUCUCUGCUCUCCAAACUCAACGAGGGAUUGUCUUACAACGUUGAUCCUAUUAUAUCCAUGGAUAUAAUUGCCAUCGGAGAGAGCUACUGCAAUCAAGGACUGGCCUCUCUCUGCACCCAAGUUACCAUAGAGCUGGCCGAAGCUAGGGGCAUCCAUCUAAUUAGAAUCGAGGUGGUCAAUGACUUCAUGUCUGCGAUGUUCGCCAGUCUCGGAUUCCAGAAGAUCAGGGAGAUCGACAUGAACGAGCUGAUCCUGGGCGGAGAAAAGCCGUUCGCCGUUACGGAUUUUACUCAAAAGGCUAGGGUCUUCAUCUAUUCAUUCUGA